GGGCAAGUUCAUGAUUUGACCUCGGUUAUUUGAGUUCUCAGUUGUCUUGAAAGCACCAAAAGAGUCACCGGCUAGGACGUCAGAGGACCACUUGACAGGAUCUGCGCAGCAACUGCGCAGUUUUUAUGUUCGACAACGUGCGUGGUCGCUUCCACUGUUUUCCUUUUUUCCAGCGGAUCGUCGCUAGCCUUGUCAGGCUGCGGAGGCUGUGUGCAAGAUCAAGGGACUGGAUUGACUACCCAUGUCGUUGUCCCGUUUGGUUUUGAAGUCGGCUUAAUGCUGUUUUGUUAUAUAAUUUCGUCUUUUAACUAUCAGGAGAAGUGAUCUGUCGACACAGAAUCUGGGGUCAUGAUGUCCCAGGUGAUGUAAGCCUUCUGUCUGCCUCUGAAGCCAAACAUGAGUGAGGUGCAGGCCACGGUGGAGUUCUCUGUUGAGCUCCACAAGUUCUACAAUGUGGACCUGUUCCAAAGAGGGUUCUACCAGAUCCGUGCCAGUAUGAAAGUGCCAUCACGAGUCCCUCACAAAGUAGAGGCCAGUCUACUCCACCCACCAGGUUCUGAUCUGGCCUUCCCUGCAGCUGUGGUCGAUGACGUCAUCUGCAGCAAGACCUUCCAGAUCCUCUAUAAGAACGAGGAGGUGGUUGUCAAUGAUGUGCUGGUGUUCAAAAUCAUGAUGCUGCUGGAUGAGAAGAAGGUAGAAGAAUCCCUCAACGACAUGGACUUCCAGCUCUCUCUGGAGUUAUACUUCACAGAUGGAGACUUCUCGCCCGAGGAGCUCAGCUCCCUGCAGAACAUCAGCAGUCGUUCGCUCCGCUUGCACUUUAGCCUGAACCGAGGCAUCCACCAACACAUCAAUAUCAUGUUCGACUACUUCCACCUGUCUGUCGUCUCUAUGGCCGUCCACGCAUCCCUGGUUGCCCUGCACCAACCCCUCAUCAGUUUCCCCCGGCUAGUGAAGAGUACAUGGCUGAAUCGCACCGCCCCCCAGCAGAGUAAAGACUCUGUCAUCCCGGCCCUGGAGAAUGUGGUGUUUGGAACCAGCUAUGUCAAACAUCUGUCUGCUGAUGGCAGGACAUUCCUGGUGUCAGACCAAUGUCUGCAGCAUGCAUUUAGUCUUCACCACAGUCUCUGUGCCAGCCUACUGCUGGCCUACCAGGGCCUGUUUGGUUACUUCACCUCCGUCAGCAAGGACCUGCCCUCCUCACACCGCAUGGAGCUAGCCAAGCCCAGCAUGCAAGUCCUUUAUGAGAGAGUACUCAGAAGACCCUUCCCUCCAGACCAAAGGCACGUCUUUAUAGAGGAACUAGACGUUGAGAACCGUCUCACUGAGCUCUGUGAUCAAGUCAAGCAGAGAGCGGAGAGCCCGGACGAGCUGGCAGAGCUGGUCAAUAUGAACCUGGCCCAGCUGUGUUCCCUCCUCAUGGCCCUGUGGGGUCAGUUCCUGGAGGUGGUCUCACUGCAGGAGAAUGUUGCUGCCCUGCUGGCUGUGGAGCAUCACACACUCAGAGUGCGGAGAUUUGCAGAGGCCUUCUUUUGUCUGGAACACCCGAGACAAACGGCACUGGCCUAUCAGGAACUACAUGCUCACAGCCACCAGCAGAUGACCACAGCCAUCAAGAGUUCCUCCUACUUCCUGUCUCUACCACCACUUCCUGUUGCAUGUGCCGACCUGGACGGGGACGUCAGCUCCCUGCCAAUCAUCUUCGAGGACAGAUACCUGGACUCUAUCACGGAAGAUCGGGACGGGCCGUGGCUGGGCGUACAUAACCCCCGGAGUGGCUCCACGUCCUCCGGUAACUCUAAGGCCUCAUCCUCUUCCACUGCAGCUGCCACAGCAUCCUUCCCCAGCCCCAUCCUGGAGCCUCGGCCCCCAACCAUGAUGGACACAACCUGGCCCGAUGACUGCCCAGACCUGCCCAAGUCCAAAGGCAAGUCAGUGAAACUGAAGAAGAACGCCAAGACGGAGAGGGAGAACGCCAAGACGGAGAGGGAGAACGCCAAGACGGAGAGGGAGAACGCCAAGACGGAGAGGGAGAACGCCAAGACGGAGAGGGAGAACGCCAAGAAGCUCAUCAGACAGGGAUCCAAGGACUCUGUGGUUCUGGUGGCUUAUAAGAACCUGGGGAAGGCCGCUAACCCUUCACAGCUAACACAUGGAGAAACUGACCAUGACAGAGAGGCCCAGGGAGAGGCUGACCUGAAGCAGCAGAGGGAGGAGAGGGAGCAGGGGGAGAGGGAUGCCUUGCUGGGGGUAACUGGGGGAGACUCCAACACUGACCUAAGGACUAGGAUCUCAAAAUAUUUUCCUGAGCCUGGUGCUACCACCGCCACUGGACAGGCAAAUGCUGUUCUUAAUUUUGACUCUCUCCUUGAGGAUGACGUCCUAGUAGCUAGUGGCGUGGCUAGCCAGAAAGGUUACUUCACAGCCUUAGUGAGCUUGGACACACAGAACAAGCCGGCCCAGGCUGGUCCUGGAGCUGUAGCCGGAUUAGCCACCACAGAUAAUAACCAAGUAAUUAACAAAAAUGCUGCCGUUGACCACUGCAGCCAGCAGCUGCCCGAUCACUACACGCCUGGUUCUACCGCCACUGGACUCCGGCACAUCGAGGUCCAACCCAGUGACAAGGACCCGUACCAAGGAGACACAGUGACAGUUCUCCUGCCCUGUCGGACAGAUGGGGAUGGGACCUCCAAAAGAGAUAUCCCAGAAAUCACCCAGACAGACCUGUGUAUGUCCGACUCUAAACACCUUGCUAUGAGAGACUGGAGUUCUGAGGUGUCUGACAGGCCUCGGGGUAGAGAGGUAAUGACAGAGGUUAGUCAGAGGCCAGGCCUGGUGCAUCUACAGCAGGUGAAAGGUGAUUGUAUCAGGCUGCCACCAGACGGAGGUGCUGCUGUCCCCAGUGCCUCCUCCCGCCUCUCUGACUCUGGUAUCGAGAGCGAGCCCAGUUCCUUCGCUAUCCAGCUGGCUACCCAGGGUGGGGCCGUAGGGCUGGUUGGGGCCCCUGAGACUGAGUUGGGCCCCCAGCAGGCCGAACGACCCCUACUCAGCCCUGCUCCCCGGCCCGUCCAGCCCACCUCUGUCCAUAAGGGCAGCAUGGGGACUGGAGAGGGCCUCAACCCGGAGAGCACAGUCAGCGCGGUCAGCGGCGUCCAGUCUUCCCUCACCUCCAUCAACUCGCUGCCCUCGGAUGACGAGGGGGAGGGGGGUAUGUCUGUGUCCAGGGGCUCCAGCAGUGUAGGAGGAGGGGAGGCCGAGGGGCCACCAGGCCCAGGGGGAAUGAGGAAGUCCAGUGCUCUGGUACAGGAGCAACAGAGCCUGGUGUUCUCUGGAGAACCACCACCAUCUGUCCCAACACGCUGCUCUGUACCCAGCCAAACGCACCCCGACGCUGGGUUGGGCCUCAACACCACUGCUAGUGGGGGAUCUGCAUCUCAAUAUCUGCCUCCUAGGACUUUUUCCUCAACCUCUGAGUCAACACUUAACACUGAUCCCAGGUUGUUAACAUGUUCCUCUGAGGGGGCCGUAGGGGGUCCAGGUGCCCCCCGUAGUGAGCCCCAGACAGCCUCCUACCCCUCCUCUAACUCCACCGCCAGCAGCAGUGACCUGGUCAAGAAGGGACUGGUAGAAAACUACUUUGGCUCUCGCUCCAGCACAGACGUCUCAGAGAUCAGCCCUGUAGAGACGUCAGCUAUCACCCUGGGGAUACUGUGUGGAGCGGGGCCGGGGCCGCCUGUAGAGGAAGACGAGGAAGAGGACAACGAGAUGAUAGAGAACGGCUUCUACGAGGAAGGAGACGGCUUGGCGUUCGUGAACGGUGUUGUUGACGAGGAGGAGGAGGAUGAAGGAGAUGGAGGGGCAGUAGGAAGGAGUCUGAUGUUUGAACAGUUGGGACUGGACCAUGUUCAGGAGCCCAGGGGUCUUCCUCCAGGCUAUGGUGCCCCUGUCCGCUCCCCCCUGGCUCCCAGCUCAGUGGGCUCUUCCCAGGGGAGAAUUCUAGUCCCUACCCCUUCCACCUCCCUUACCUCCAACAGCCUGCGCUGGUAUGACAGCGCCCCCACACCACAGAUGAAAGCUUUUGUUGCGGCCAAAGAGGAGUUGAAGCAGCUGAGACUACCAGGGUUCCUGUACAGUGAGGUGGGAGACCUGGCCUCCAGUGUCCCUUACUUUAGCCUGGAGGAGGAUGACAACUGUGACGAGGGCAUCCACCUCAUCGUCUGUGUCCACGGCCUCGAUGGUAACAGUGCUGACCUGCGUCUGGUGAAGACCUACCUGGAGCUGGGCCUACCUGGAGCUAGGAUAGACUUCCUCAUGUCCGAACGCAACCAGAAUGACACGUUUGCUGACUUUGAGCAGAUGACAGACCGGCUGUUGGAUGAAAUAGUUCAGUACAUUCAGAUCUACAACCUCACUGUCUCUAAGAUCAGCUUCGUAGGCCACUCCCUGGGGAACCUGAUAGUUCGUUCAGUACUGACCAGACCCAGGUUUAAAUGUUACCUGAGCAGACUUCACACCUUCCUCUCUCUGUCUGGACCUCACCUGGGUACCCUGUACAACAGCUCUGCUCUGGUCAACACAGGCCUGUGGUUCAUGCAGAAGUGGAAGAAGUCUGGCUCCCUGCUCCAGCUGACCUGCAGAGACCACUCUGAUCCCAGACAGACCUUCCUCUACAAGCUUAGCAAGAAAUCUGGUCUUCAUCACUUCAGGAACGUGGUGUUAGUGGGCUCUCUGCAGGAUCGUUACGUCCCAUAUCACUCAGCCAGGAUAGAGAUGUGUAAGACAGCCCUGAAGGACAAACAAACAGGUUCAGUAUAUGUAGAGAUGAUAGAGAACCUGUUGCUGCCGGUUCUCCAGAACAGAGACUGUAACCUGGUGCGUUACGAUGUCAUCCAUGCUCUGCCCAACACCGCCAACUCCCUGAUUGGCCGAGCAGCACACAUCGCCGUCCUCGACUCGGAAAUCUUUCUGGAGAAGUUCUUCCUGGUCGCAGGCCUGAAGUUCUUUCAGUAGGAGGGGAGGGGUCUAUGAAUCCAACUAAUGGCUGGAAGGGGGGAUGGGAGGGGGCUUUACCAAUCUAACCAAUGGCUGGAGCGGAGGGACGUUUUUUCAGUAGGAAGUAGGAGUGGCCACCCAAUCAAAUCAAUGACUGGAGGAGGGAGAAUGGGGGCCUCCCAAUCAAUAACCUGGUCCCAUAUCUGUUUUGACUGUUUUGGUCAACUCCUAUAGUCAUUGACAUGCCAAAAGAAAUGUAUGCAUUGUAUCCUGUGGAGGUCACCGGGUGGAAGGAGUUUACACAUUUAAGACCAUGUCAGUGAUGCUGAAGUGAGAUCUCUGCCCAUCUCCAUCCAAUGACCAGAGAAGUUGGCAAGACUGCACAAACUGAUCUGGGACCAGGCUAGCAAAUAAAACCUGUGGCUGGAGGGAGAGGGGAAGAGAGGAGAACGUGGAGCAUACAUAGAAUAUAAUUACUAGACCAUCAAUCUAGUGAUGCUAUUUCUAUCAUGUGUAGCUUAUAUUACCUCACUGCAUCCAAACCCCAAUUCUCAAUAUUGUAUCUGGUUGAGGCGUACGGUUUUAUAGAUGCAUCUGCUUCCAUAUGGAAGAUCAAAAUUCUAAUAUCAUUGUUUAUUUUGAGGUUUUUUUAGCUCUUUUUUUUAUCGGUUUGUUAGUGAAUGUUCCUCAUUUUUAUUGUUCUACUUUUCAAAGGAUGAUUGCAAGUUGAUUUUCUGAAUGUACUUGUGGUGGGGGGAUGGUUUUCCUUCUCAUAUUGUAAUCUUUUCAGUGUUAUUUAUCUAUGAAAUGGUUAUAUUUUCACAUGGUUUUGUUCAAACCAUUCAUUCAGUUAUUAAGACGAUUGCAAUACCGAUCUGGAAAUGUAGCUGCUAAAAAUGGUGAGCUGACUCAUCUUCUCAUAUUGUCCUCACCUUUAUUUAAAAGGUGCAUUUUCUUCAACAACAACAAAUUAGUCGUAAAGUCAAACUAUUAUACUCUUGCAUUCAUUUGCACCACAGCUGUAUAAAAAAAAACUGAUUUUUCUACUGAGGAUGGUCAUUUUUACUAAGUACAUAUUUUACUAUCAGAAUUUUAAUUUGUGUUAUUUUUUCAUUUUACAAAGGUAAAGGCUUCCAGUCUAGUCGAACUAACUUAACGGAAUCAAUUUGAUUGUAACUCGGACAAUGCAGCCUGGGACUUAUAAGGCUUUGCGGUUUUCUAUAGCUCUGGACCAGGGCGUUCGGUGCAGGUUGUUGGCGCUGAGCCUUCCUGAACAGGGGAAGAGACAACUCGUUGCGCACUGGACCAGAGCUAGGUUUUAUACUGUAUGCUGUUACUUUGCCAUUACAGCAUCGUGCACAACACUAAACCCAACCUGGUGUUGGGAACAUUAUACGAGCCUUGCUUGAUUAAAGCAUGAGAACAUUUUAUUACAAGAGGUUUUAAAUAAACUCGUUCAACUGUUAUAGCCAGAAGGGUCGUGUUCAUUAGGGCUCACCGUAGCAAAACGUUUUCUAACAGAAAGCAAAGAAAGCCUUGCUUAUUGGACAAAUUCAUGUAGGGAAGAACCCUGUUUGAUUCUGUUUUCUUCCGCUUGGUGCCAAAUGAAUACGACCCAAAUGUAAAGGUGGGGUGUAGCUAAGGGUCAGUACUUAUGAAUAGCACAUAUCUUGGUUCAUGGAGAGUAUUUAUGUUUUGCUGUCAUAGAUGGGUGGGUGUAUUAUUUAUGCUUUUUAACAUGAGUAUUGUUUUUAGAUAUAAAAUCAACUUCUCAUUUCUUUGUGAAAAUGGUUUGUAAUCAUUGCACUCUUUACCAUUAAAUAAAUGUAUUAUAAAUA